CGCGCUGCGCUGGGGUGCACGGUCGCGCCUGCGGUGGCUCGGGCUCCAGCUCUGCUCCGGCUCGUCUCCUGCUGCAGCUGCCGCGCCGCCGGCCCCACUCGGCUUGGAAUCCGGUCCCGGCGCCCUCGGCACAGCCCGCCCGGCCCCGGCCCCGCGGACCAUGCGCCGGGCGCACCCCGGGGAACCACACCGGGCCGAGAGCCCGCAAAGACGAGGCUCUCGGGCCGGGGCCCCUCCCGGCCGCCUGGCUCUCGACCUGCGCCCUGCCCCGAGUCCCGGCGCCGCGUGAGCCUGGGGGGCCAUGGAGCGCUCGCCGCCCGACGGGCCGCUGAACGCGUCCGGGGCACUGGCGGGCGAGGCGGCGGCGGCGGCGGCGGGUGGGGCGCGAGGCUUCUCUGCCGCCUGGACCGCGGUGCUGGCCGCGCUCAUGGCGCUGCUCAUCGUGGCCACGGUGCUGGGCAACGCGUUGGUCAUGCUUGCCUUCGUGGCCGACUCGAGCCUCCGCACCCAGAACAACUUCUUCCUGCUCAACCUUGCCAUCUCCGACUUCCUCGUGGGUGCCUUCUGCAUCCCGCUGUACGUGCCCUACGUGCUGACCGGCCGCUGGACCUUCGGCCGGGGCCUCUGCAAGCUGUGGCUGGUGGUGGACUACCUGCUGUGCACCUCCUCCGUGUUCAACAUAGUGCUCAUCAGCUACGACCGCUUCCUGUCGGUCACCCGAGCGGUCUCGUACCGGGCCCAGCAGGGUGACACGCGGCGGGCGGUGCAGAAGAUGCUGCUGGUGUGGGUGCUGGCCUUCCUGCUGUACGGGCCGGCCAUCCUGAGCUGGGAGUACCUGUCUGGGGGCAGCUCCAUCCCCGAGGGCCACUGCUACGCCGAGUUCUUCUACAACUGGUACUUCCUCAUCACCGCCUCCACCCUGGAGUUCUUCACGCCCUUCCUCAGCGUCACCUUCUUCAACCUCAGCAUCUACCUGAACAUCCAGCGGCGCACCCGCCUCCGGCUGGACGGGGCCCGCGAGGCGGCCGGCCCGGAGCCCCCGCCCGAGGCCCAGCCCUCACCGCCGCCGCCCGCGGGCUGCUGGGGCUGCUGGCAGAAGGGGCAGGGGGAGGCCGUGCCGCUGCACAGGUGCGGGGUGGGCGAGGCGGGCGCUGGCGCCGAGGCCGGGGAGGCGGCCCCCGGGGGCGGCGGGGGUGCGGGGGCCGCGGCCUCGCCCACCUCCAGCUCCGGCAGCUCCUCGAGGGGCACCGAGAGGCCGCGCUCGCUCAAGAGGGGCUCCAAGCCGUCAGCGUCCUCAGCCUCGCUGGAGAAGCGCAUGAAGAUGGUGUCGCAGAGCUUCACGCAGAGCUUCACCCAGCGCUUCCGGCUGUCGCGGGACAAGAAGGUGGCCAAGUCUCUGGCUGUCAUCGUGGGCAUCUUCGGGCUCUGCUGGGCCCCGUACACGCUGCUGAUGAUCAUCCGAGCGGCCUGCCACGGCCACUGCAUCCCCGACUACUGGUACGAGACGUCCUUCUGGCUCCUGUGGGCCAACUCGGCCGUCAACCCCGUGCUCUACCCGCUGUGCCACCACAGCUUCCGCCGAGCCUUCACCAAGCUGCUCUGCCCGCAGAAGCUCAAGCUGCAGCCCCACGGCUCCCUGGAGCACUGCUGGAAGUGAGCCCCGCCGCCACCCUCCACCCUGGUGUCCUGGGCAGCCCCCCCCGUGCCAUGGCAGCCUCUUUCGGGCCACCUGCCCUGCCGUGGAGGCAGCAUGUCGGGCUGGCCAGAGGGGCCAUCACUGGCUCCACUCGUGCGAGCGGCUGGCCCUGCCACCCACAUCCUGGCCCCACCCCAGGCAGGAAAGUCCAGGGGUCCCGGCCACGCCACCCACCCCACAGACAGUGCGACGGCCAGUGGUGUCUGCCCUUCACACAGCGCUCUUCCCAAACCAACGCCUGGUGUGCACCCGCCUCCUGCACGCACACACACCCGUGCUCACCCACACACUGGCCUCCCCAGACAAGCCCGGACGCCGCCCUUGCUGCUGCCUGUCUCUCGCUGAAGCCCGGGGCCUGGCUCCUCCGUCCCCCUCCCCUCCGGCUCUCUGUGCCACCCAGUGUCAAGUGGCCCGGGACCCUCGAAGCCGCUCUCCGCGGUUCCAUUCUGAGUGUUUCCAGGAGGAUGAAGAAGAAAACACGUCUGUGAACUUGAUGUUCCUUGGAUGUUUAAUCAAGAGAGACAGAAUCGCUGAGGAGCUCAGGGCUGGAUUGGCAGGUGUGGGCUCCCACGCCCUCCUCCCUCUGCCGCGCUUCCGGCUGAGCUGCACCAGCUGCUGCUGCCCGCUCCGCCCCCGGCCUGGGCGCGGGGCCCUGGUGGUCGAGAGCCGCCAGAGCCUGACCUUCCUCGGCCAGAGCCUGCCCCAGCCUUUCCAUUUGCUCAACCAGACUUCCUGGGGAUUACUGGGUAGGAGGGGACCGGCCGUGCCCUCAGGGUCCUGAGGCUGGCAGAGCGUCCGCAGGAGAGCAGGCCUGGGGGGCACCAGAGAGGGGCCACUUCCGUGUUCUGUGCACCCGAGCCAGGCACCCUGCAUGCGCCACGCCACGUGCCCGCUACGCACCCUGCAAACCCCGAGGUCACAAUAAAGUGUAUUUUUUUAUUGGUGCUGAUUCCUGA